GAGUGCCCCGCUGGUUGGGCGUUGUUGCUAGGCGGGGUGAAGAUGGCGGCUCUGGACCGGGUGAAAGUGCUGGUGCUGGGCGACUCUGGUGUCGGAAAGUCGUCGCUCGUUCACCUCUUGUGCCACAACCAGGUGCUUGGAAACCCGUCCUGGACAGUGGGCUGUUCCGUGGAUGUGCGAAUCCAUGACUACAAAGAAGGAACUCCAGAAGAGAAGACCUAUUACAUUGAGCUGUGGGAUGUUGGAGGUUCCGUCGGCAGUGCCACUAGUGUGAAAAGCACACGUGCAGUGUUCUAUAAUUUGCUGAAUGGGAUAAUUUUAGUGCAUGACUUGACCAACAAGAAAUCAUCCCAGAAUUUGUAUCGCUGGUCUUUGGAAGCACUCAACAGAGAUGUUGCUCCAACAGGAGUUCUCGUGACAAAUGGUGACUAUGACCGUGAACAGUUUGGUGAUAACCAGAUCCCACUGCUGGUAAUAGGAACUAAACUGGAUCAGAUCCCAGAAACUAAGAGGAAUGAAGUUUUGACCAGAACAGCAUUCUUGGCUGAGGAUUUCAAUGCCGAAGAGAUAAAUUUGGACUGUACCAAUCCUCGUUACCUGGCUGCAGGUUCAUCCAAUGCUGUCAAACUAAGCAGGUUUUUUGAUAAGGUUAUAGAGAAGAGAUACUUUUUAAGAGAUGGCAAUCAGAUUCCUGGCUUCUCUGAAAGGAAGAGGUUUGGAGGAGGAGUGCUGAAGAGCCUUCAUUAUGACUGAGCACUGAACAAGUGGAAGACAACUUCUCUGAGUUCCUAAUGACAUUCCCAUUCCAACUGGGUGCUCAAAGACAGUAAUGCUUCUGUCAAGCAGACUAAAAUGAUAUUACAGCUGGCUAGCCUGCUGAAGGUUCUGUUGUUGGAAAAGACUUGGGAAAGGUUUUCCAAAAACCUAAUCUGGAGCCUAGAGUACUUCUUAGGAUUGCAGACUGUCUAGAUCUAUGGGAACAUCUGGGGAAAGUGUGCAGUAAGUUGAAUGCCUCUCACGCUGCUGUGGGAAACUUCAUCAUACACAGCACAUAUAUAUGACAUCCUUGUCUCCAUUUGGAAAACUUAUGGACAGUCUUUGCAAUGAUUUGCAUUCAUUUACUUCUAAAGGAAAGAUGACUGAGUGGGCCUCUCAUGUACAGUAAUGUGAGCAAAGCAUAACAAUGGGUAAGGAGCGGUCUGGAAAAUAAUAGAAUGCCUUCAUUAAAUGGAGUGUUGUUUCACCUAGAGCACAUUGUUCAUCCCUAUUCAAAAGGGAUAAAAGCAACAGGCAAGAUAUGAAAAAGAUUUGAAGCUGUAAAAAGAAAAUCGUAAGUAGAAAGCAACUGGUGUAAGUUCUGCUGCUUAAAUUAAAAUUGUUUACUUUGAAGAGGGCAAAGGAAAUCAGUCUCUCCUGUUUAUCUUUUCAUAAUUGAUUGUGAUCUUGUUUUUUAUAUUAAAUUAAAAGGCAAUUCAUUGAAAACUGAUGGAAAAAGUAUGUUUUUAUAGAGUGCUUAUUUGGAACAAAUGUGACAUGGUCUUACUGAGCCUGAGGACUUAGUGGAUUCAGAAAACAUGAAAUAUAAGAACAUCCUCUGAAUUAGAAUGGAUAGAAAUUUAGAAGGGAUUUAAGGCUGUGUAAAAAGUAGGAACUGAGCAUGAUUAGGAGGAGAGUUCUGUGAUAUAGAUGUUUCCUUUACAUAGUUAGCACUAAUGAUAAACGAGACUUGAUCUGGUCUGAUCUCCUGUACAGGGUCUUGUUUUCCUAAAUAGCCCAAGCUUUGCAUGGUUUCUCACCUUGCUGGAAUUCCAUGGAGUGGUAAAAGCCACUGAUUUAUGGCAGUUCCUUCUUUCCACUCCUUCCUCACAGGCACCUCUAAUGCUUAAGCCUCUGGCAAAGGCUAACUAAGAGCUGGAGCUAGAUAUAAAUAGAGAUUAAUAAUAAAUGAGGAUAGAAGAAAGUAAAAUGCUGGUGUGAAGUUGACAGGGAGCAGAGUUCUGCAGUCUCUGGAUUAACUCUGCCUGCAGCUCUUCUGGCAGCUGCUUGGAAAUAAAUGGAAACCUGCCUACUGCCACUAAUCAGGCACAAAAAUGACAGCUGGGUUCACCAGUGAAACUGAUUAAAAAUACAGAUACUUUGCUUUUUUAGGUCAUUUCCAGAAAGGUCUGGGAACAGUUGUAAACAUAGUGCAGUAAGUUUUUAAAUGUUUGUGUGAAAUACAUUGUUAGUUUACAAUUAGUUUACAAGCAGAAAAAACAAAGUACGAAUAUAUUCAUAAUUAAGUAAACGCAUGUCUGACCUGUGCAGCUCGUGACAGCACCAAUGUCUGUCUCUGAUCCUUUGACAAUGAAAGCUGGAAUUGUUUUCUUAAAGUCAGGUGCAGUCUUAGGGUAAACAGAUCUGGGCUCCUUCAGGUUCCUAAGGAACUUCAGAGCAGAACAAGCAAGCUGUAGUGCUAUUUCCUCCUUCACGCUGUGGCAUCUUUAGAGUGGCCAAACCUCUGGCUGCAGCUCACCUGGCUGCAUGUUUUAAAGUAGGCCUCUAGCCCAGAAUAAGUAUCUGGUUUGUUUAGAUUUCAGCAGGUAACCACAAUUAGGUAUAUUUUUUUCCUUCUUAAGACAAGGUGAUGUGUAAUGGAGUUGUGCACGUUGAUGAUGUUCCAUUUCUUUUUGCAGGAAGUUCCAGCUUCUUGUCAGAACCCGGAGUAUGUGAGCAGCUGGAGUUAGUUACAUUGCUUUUCCACCUUACGUGCUUCAGCUGCCCAAAAAAGGUUCACCAGACAACUUUUCUGUGUCACACUUGUUUUAUGUGUUUUACCUUUCUUUUCUCUGCACACACAUAUCCCUUCCAUGCCCUGUGACCCUUCUGUCUGUCUUGCCUCUGUCUGCCUGUACCUCAUUCUCCGUUCCUCCAGCUCCCUUUCUCACAAUUACUAUCUCUCUUUCUCUCCCCAUUUGCCCCAUCUGUCUGACCCUCUGCAUCACAAGAAGUCACAAAGACUUCUCUUUGUGCUUCCAGCUCUGCUCUCUGGUUUCCCCUUUUUUCCCAUUUUCCUCUCUGUUCUCUCUACCGUGCAUUGCCUCUCUUGCUGUACCACUGAAAUUCAAUUCUCUGUUUUUCUUCAUCUCUGAUUCUGUCUAUCUCUGGUUACUAUUACAUGCACGCACAUUUCACAUCAAAACAUUGUU